AUGGAACUAAUCACAAGAGCUGCGAGGUUUUCUGCUAGAAACGCUGUGUUUUGUAGAGGGAGAACUUUUACAUAUGGAGACUUACUAACUCAUGCAAAUUUUGUGAGUGGAAAGCUGCUAUCACAGAAAAGUGAUAUGAAAGGAGAAAGGGUUGUAUUGUUGAGGGUCCAAUGAUCGUGCAUUUCACAGAAGUACAUUUGGUAGAAAAUUGAUUGAAACUUUUUGAUAGUGGGACAUUUGACUAAAAAAAGGUUAAAUUUUGACCAAAUGCCGCAUUAUGUAAAAAUUUUCGACCAAAUAUAAUUCAAUGAAUGCACACUAUCAAAAAUACACUGAAACUUGGCAUGGAGCCUAUUGUUGACACCUCAAAGCUAUGAAUAUUUAGCUUGUCAAUGGGGAAUUUGGCAGGCUGGAGGUGUUGUAGUCCCACUCUGCUUACAGAGCCCACCUCUAGAGUGGCAGUACGUCGUAAAUGAUUGUAAACCAGCGUUUGUUAUUUGUCAUGGUAGUUUCUUAUCAAAACUUGGCUCAGUCGCUGAAAAUGCUGGAGUAAAAAUUAUUCCAAUUGGCGAUUUUAUAGCUAAAGAAGAAAAAAGUAUAAAUAAUACAUUUAACGUGACCACUGAAAGUGACGGAUUAAUUUUAUAUACGUCUGGAACGACAGGAAAGCCAAAAGGCGCAGUGCAGACCCAUGCGAAAAUUGAAUUCCAAGUAAAAAGUCUUGUAGAUGCAUGGGGGUGGAAUGAAAAUGAUAAUUUUCUAGAAGUGAUGCCGCUGCAUCAUGUGCAUAGCAUUAAUAAUCUCUUAAGUGCCUUAUGGUCUGGGGCAAGCAUUACAUUUCACCAAAGAUUUGAUCCAUUAAAUGCAUGGAAAGAAAUAAAAAGAAAUAAAUCACUCACCAUUUUUAGCGCUUUGCCUACAAUUUAUACAAGGCUACUACAGGAAUGAAAUUAUAUGAAUAAUAAUGAUAAAGCUGAAAUUUUGAAUGAGUGCAAAAAGUUUAUAUUAGACUAAAUUAUAUUUAUAAUACUAAAAAAGAAAAAAAAACUUAAUUUAAAAUAGAAAUAAAAAAUAAUUUUAAAAAAAAAAAUGCAAAAAAUAUAGAUAAAAAGGAUAGAUUAAUGGUCUCAGGUGCUUAUGCUUUAUCUGAAAAAGUUUGGGCUGAUUGGCAAAAAGCGACAGGCCAUACUCUGCUUGAAAGAUAUGGGCUCACAGAAACAGGAAUCGUUAUAUGCAACCCAUUAAAUGGGACGAGAAGGCCUGGGUGGGUAGGAAAGCCUCUUCCACAAGUUGAAGCAAAAAUUGAUGGAAACGAGCUAAAGAUAAAAUCUCCAGGGAUGUUUAAAGAAUAUUUCAAUAAUCCGACCGCAACUCAGCAAGCUUUCGAUGAAGAAGGAUGGUUUAAGACUGGAGAUAUCGCUGAAAUAGACCCUCAGACUGGAGAUUAUAAAAUAUGUGGCAGGCUAAGUAUGGAUAUGAUAAAGACUGCUGGAUACAAAGUAUCAGCUGAAGACAUGGAAAAAGAGCUAAAAGAGCACCCAGAUGUCCAAGAAAUUGCAGUUCUUGGAGUCCCAAAUUAUGAGUAUGGAGAAAUCAUAGGAGUUGUAGUAAAAAGCAAGAAGAAUAUUACUUUACAUGACAUUCAAAGUUGGUGCAAAAUGAGAAUGGCAAGCUAUAAAAUACCAAGGGUUAUUAAGCAAGUUGAUCAGCUUCCAGUUGAUGCUAAUGGAAAAGUCAAUAAAAGAGAGCUUUUAACGCUAUUCAGCCAUUAA